AUGUAAUACGAGCCUUUGGACAUAGAGGCUUAUCCCUUCAAGGAAAAUAAAUAGGACAAGGAGAAGAAAAAAUAGUAAAAGGCAGACGGUGAAAAAUAUGAGAAAAAAGAAAUAAAUAUUUUAUCUUAAUAGCAAGUUUUACAAUAAUAAUAAUCAUAGGUAUAGCAAUUGGUAUAUAUAAAUACACUCUCUUUUUAAGCAAUGGAAGCUGACAUAUCUUUAGCAGAGUAUUUGAGCAUAUUUUUUGGGUGCGGGACUGCUGUUUAUUUGUUUAUAAAAUUGUUACCUCUGCUCACAAUCGAGGGUUGUGGAGAGAUUGGAUUUAGAGGAAUUGCAUUAAUUUCUAUAUUCUAUUUUAGCGUACCUCCAUUGUGUCUAUGCUCGACUGGAUUUAAGAAUAACAAAAAGCUAUGUUUGUUUGUAUCUAAAUUCUUCUUUGCAGUUAGCUUCAUCAACUUGCUUUCAAUUAUAUAUGUUUUUAGUGUCUCAUACACUGCUGAAAAGUGGUAUAAGCUAGAAAGUGAGUGCAUAAUUUCAGAAGAAUCAAAAAAAAUAAAUUUUUAAACUACUUAAAUAAUUUUAUGUCAAAUCUUUCUCUCUAUCAACGGGUUUGUCGUGUUUGCUCUGAUGAGAAAUCUCGCCAAAUCCAUUGAGAAAAGAGAUUGGGCUGUAAGAAAAAAGAUGGUAAUAUUACCUCACAAAAUAAUCAAUGUUAACAUCCCUGUAUUUUACGAUUAAAUGCUCUUCUUUUUCUUUAAAAAGUAAGUUCCUGCUCUUUGGACUUGCUUGAUUUUUUGA